AUGUACAACCAUCACCCCGACAUCGAUCCUGCUCUUCAGUUUGCCGGCGAUAACGCUUCUCCACACGAAUUCGCCAAAGGCCGAAUGGCACUUCCCUUCCCCGGCUAUCAAACUAACGUUUUCAAUGUUGGUUUUUCCGAGUCUUCCAAUCGACCCAUGACGGCCAACAGCAGUAUGAUGUAUUCGCAAACGGACGAAGAAGACGAUGGAGAAUUUGUGAUCGACGAAUCUUUAGGAACGGAAGGUAUGGAAGAGUUUGAUUUCGGAGAUGAGCAAUGGCAAACUCCAGCGACGAUUCCUACAUCUUCAACCUCGUUCAGAACGGUUCACUCGGAACGUCCACCCCUGGUGCAUUCCCAAAGUUUACAACUCCCACCACAGAAACCGAUGUUGAACCGAUAUACGUCUCAUCAAGGUUCCGUUGGUCCCAUCCCUGGCCGCUCUGCUUCCCCUCAUGUCAUCCAGGGAGAUGUGUUCGCAGCUCCUCCGUCUCCUAUGCGGCGCGCACAUAGCGCAUUCGGGAUGAUGGGACAUCCCAAUGGAAUCAACAAUGGGAAUUUUUCACAUCCUGACCGUUUCACCCGCUCCAACCCACAUGCUGAGGGUGCCGAUCUUGUUUUCAGAGAUUCUUCUCGCACUCUUUCGAUCGCCCCUGUUGCUCAAGGUAUAUCUCCCAUGCGUGCUUUAGGUCCUCCACCUCAACAACCGAUACGAUUCGUUCAUCACAAUGUCAUGAUUACUCCCGAUCACAAGAACAAUUACGAAUCUCAUAUUCUCUCUUCGGCCACAUCUUCCACAGCGGAUACUGCGAUUACCACCGAUAUGUCUUCAGGUGGUCUAUAUGAGACCGGUUUGAAAAGGAGGAGGAGUGAAAUGAGUGAAGACGGAACGGAUUCACCGACGCGUCCAAAUCUGUCCAUGAACGGUGCGAAACGUCUGUCUCUUCGUGACACCGCUCCUGGCCCAUCAGUACCUAAACCAGCUCCUCCUAUCGGUAUGCGUCCGCAACGUCUCGCUACCAAACCACCGCCCACCAUGAACCGUACCGUACCGAAGCCGACGACUUGCGCUGAGGAUCCGGGCGUGGAGGGUAUACCAGAGGGUGAGAAGUCGAUGGACCGUCCUACUCCGAGUUUCGCUUGUAUCAUCGGACAAGCGAUUCUACGAUCGUCAGCCGGUGGUCUUUCCCUCGAACAUAUUUAUCGAUAUGUCGAAACAGCCUUCCCAUACUUCCAGACGGGAGAUGGAGCUUGGCGAAAUUCCGUUCGACAUAAUCUUUCCAUUCAUAAGAUGUUCAAGACGAUACCUCGAACAGAGAGACAUCCGCCGGGUAAAGGAGGGAUUUGGGUGAUUGAAGAGGAUGAAAAAUGUCAUUGGCCCGAAGAGAAUAAAUUCAUCAAGAACUUCCCUUCCAAUCAUCCUCAUCAUGCUAAUUGUCUUCAAACAUUACAUGAGCAGAGGAAGGAAGCUGAGGCCAUGGCCAAGGCAGCUGCGGAUGGAGUUGAAUAUGUUCCUAAGAAGGGAAAGAAAGGACGUAAAGCGGUUAAUGCGUCUGCUGGAAGAGAAGAAGAUCAUCAACCUCAACCUCAAUACAUGUCUCAAUCCCAAUCUCUACCUGGGUUUAGUAUGGAAAUGAUGCGUUCCACAUCAGCGAUGAGCGAUACACAUGUCACACAAUUAUCUCGACAUCCUAGUUAUCCUCAACAUCACAUGCAUCCCCCACCUCUUUCUCAACAAUUACACGAAUUUCGUUUCCCUUCCAUGUCUCGUUCUCAUUCAUCGGAUUCACUCUCUCAUCCUCAUCUUCCACCUCAUCCUGAUUAUCAAGAUCAUCCCGAUCAUCUCUUCCCAUUCUCUUUAUCAGACUUGGAAGAUGAAGGAGAAUUCUUACCUGAAGACAUGCUGGACGAAGAAUCUUAUGCCGUUUUAUCCGAGAUAACUCGAGAAGAAGCUUUAGCAAAGAACGGAAUGAUGGUUCCUUCUCGACUUGAAAGAGCUUUAUCGUCAAUGUCAACCUCAUCAAUCAUCGGUGAUAAACGUCCUCAAUCAAUAAUGGAUUCAAUAUUAGAACAUGAAGAUCUUUUCCAUUCGACUAAACCUUCUACUUCUAUGAGAGAACCAUUAAGUCAAAGAUUACCUAUUCCACAAGAAACCAUAGAUGAUAAUUUCGUAACCCCCGAAAGAGAUAAACAAUCAUUAUUAAAAUCACAUUUCCCAAGUUCUGCAUUCAAAACACCAGCUUUAAUCAAUACCGCUUCUUCACCUGGUUCCUCACCUAUGCCACUUACAGUCACUAGAAAUCCGACUCUUCCAUCUUCUUUAUCACACGCUUGGACAUUAGACGACGCCAUGACGAUGAACAAUAAACCAAUGUUAGAAGAUGCUUUCGAUUUGCAACCUCAAGGUCAAUCGAAAAAAAGAGUGGUCUCAAUGCAAUUUGAAGAAGAUUCACAAACGACACAAUCGAUAGGUUUUCCUAAAACUCCUGUAUCAAGAUCAUCAGCAGCAACUGGUGUUACUCCUGGAAGGUCAUUAAGAACGCCGAAGCCAUUUGCGACUCCUAUGAUUGUCAGAAGUCCUGGAUCUGGACCGAGUAGCGUUAGUGAAAUCAUGAGUACUCCAAUGUGGGAGAUUGGAGGUUGUUUAGCGAGAUUAAGAGAUUUACGGAAUUCACCUUCGAAUAUGAGAGCUUUAGGAAGUCCGGGUUCUAUACCACCUCCCACUUCACCCAUCAGGUAUUCGCUCUCGCUUGAUGCGAGUCCGAAGAAGACACCUGUUUGA